CCGUUGAAUCUCACACAUUUCAUCCAUGAAUCCGUUAGUUCAGAGGGCAGUAUCGUCAUUUUGGUCCAAACAUUUUUUGACCGUUUUGAAUUAGCAUCUGAUGGUAAAACGGAUUCUAAAUUAGCAGUGGGCUACAAGUUUGGGGACAUUUCGACAAAUACCUCUGAAUAUUUUCCAUUUCUCCGCAUCUUCUUUCUGUCUCUUCGCGCGCCGCCGUAGAGCUCGGUUGCUGAGUCCUCGUCCUCCUCAUCCCUUUGCUCUUCUUCUUACUUGGCGGAGUUGUCCUUUCAUUAUCCAUUUCUUUCGUUUUGGAAAUGGAAACUCUUUGGACUUGUUUGCUCCCCAGUAAUCCCCUAUUCGCCCAACCCUCCCUCUCACAAAAACCCAGCAAUUCCCACAAACCCAAGUUCAAAUUGCAAGCUUCCACGGCCACAACCUGCGUUUCCACCACCGCCACACUAUCAAACCCAGCAAACCAACAAACCCAUAUCUCCUUUCCCGCCAAAAUCAGCAACAAUCCAAUAGCUGCCCAACCCAGUUCUGAAAUUGGUCGUUUCCUUUCAUUACUGAAGAGCAACCCUUUGUCUGACUGUAGACAAAUUCAUGCCCAAGCUCUGAAGUUGGAAGCUUUUGAGGCUAAUGGUUGGGUAAGAAACAAGCUUGCUAUGCUUUACUCGAAGAGUGAUGGGUUUUUAGACCAUGCACGUAAGAUGUUCAACGAUAUUCCCCAGAGAACUGUACCCACUUAUGGGGCGUUGAUAAGCGCAUAUUGUCGGUCAGAGCAGUGGGAAGAUUUAUUUUUGGUGUUUGAGUUGAUGAUUGAUGAGGGCAUUGUGCCGGAUAAAUACGUUGUGCCUACGGUUCUGAAAGCGUGUGCUCAGGUGCGGAUGUUGAGGACUGGUAAAAUGAUUCAUGGGCUUGUGAUAAGGAAUGCUUUGGAUUCCGAUGUUUUCGUGGGGAAUGCGCUUAUUGAUUUUUAUGCCAAUUGUGGGGACUUGGGAUUUGCAAUGACUGUGUUUGAUGCAAUGAGGGAAACAGAUGUAGUUUCAUGGACUGCCCUUGUUUCUGCUUUCAUGAAUGAAGGUCUUUUUGAAGAGGCAAUGGAGGUUUUCAAGUCCAUGCAGGUGAAUGGUGUCGAACCGGAUUUGAUCUCUUGGAAUGCGCUUGUAUCAGGGUUUGCGCGGAAUGGAGAGACUGAUUUAGCUCUUCAGUAUUUGGAAGCGAUGCAGGAAGAAGGGUUGAAGCCUAGGGUUAGUACUUGGAACGGAAUCAUUUCCGGUUGUGUUCAGAAUAGCUUUUUUGUGGAUGCCUUGGAUGCAUUCAAUAAUAUGUUAUGUUUCCCUGAGGAUCCAAACUCUGUUACAAUUGCAAGCAUAUUACCAUCUUGUGCAGGCCUGAAAGAUUUAAACUUAGGCAGGGCUGUUCAUGGAUUUGCUCUGAAGCGUCAGCUGUGUGAGAACGUUUACGUGGAAGGUUCGUUAAUUGAUAUGUAUUCAAAAUGUGGGAUGAAUGAUUACGCAGAGAGGAUUUUUUCCAAAGCCGAGAGUAAAAGCAUUUCUAUGUGGAAUGAGAUGGUUGCAGCAUAUGUAAAUGCAGGAGAAGCAAAUAAGGGAAUAGAACUUCUUAGAGUAAUGCAUAGUCAUGGCAUAAAACCUGAUGUGGUAUCUUAUAACACAAUAUUGGCUGACCACGCAAGAAAUGGGCAAAUAAAUGAGGCAUAUGAGUUGCUUUAUGAGAUGGUCCGAAUGGAUUUGAAGCCAAAUAUUAUUUCGUUCAACGUUUUAAUUUCCGGAUUUCAACAAUUUGGGCUUAGUUUUGAAGCUUUGAAAGUGUUCCAGACCAUGCAAUCCCCAUCGAGUGGUUACUUUGGUAAUGAUGUGCUCCAUAAGUCAGUUCAACCAAACUCCAUUACCAUUGCCGGUGCUCUUGCAGCUUGUGCUGAUCUUAAUCUACUAUGCCAGGGGAAGGAAAUCCAUGGAUACACGUAGAAGACUAGCGUCGAGCCUAAUAUCUAUAUCUCAAGUGCAUUGAUCGACAUGUAUUCAAAAUGUCAUGAUAUUGCCUCAGCAGCAAAAGUAUUUAGGAGAACUGAUGAUAAAAACACAAUCUGUUGGAACGCUUUGAUUGCAGGCCAUGUCAACAACAAGCAGCUGGACCGAGCUCUUGAGCUUUUCGGUGAAAUGCUGGAAGAAGGUCUUGGACCAAGCUCUGUUACGCUUAUGACACUUCUUCUCACUUGUGGUGAUUUGGAAGCUCUCAGGUUUGGAAGAGAAUUACAUGGACAUAUCAUAAAGAGUCAUCUCGAUCAGUCUAAUUUUAGCCUUGCGAGUGCCUUAGUAGGCAUGUAUGCUAAGUGCGGUAGUAUCAAGGAUGCUAAAUCAGUCUUUGACUUUGAAGUUAAAGGGGAUGUUUCUGUAUGGAGCUCCUUGCUUUCUGCUAAUUUAACUAACGGAACGGCCAAGAAGGCCAUUGCCUUAUUUCGGAAGAUGCGGUUACUCGGGGUUGAGCCUGAGGUAUAACCUUUACUUUACUCGUUGAGCUUGUGAUCAUGAUAGCGUAGCAGAAGAAGGAUGAAAAUGUCACAAAAUCAUUGAAGAACGAACUUUGUGCUUUUUUGAGUUUCUCCUUCAGGCACAUGGAUGGUUAAUUAUUUCGGUAGUGCCAGUUUUGAUUUCUCCGUAAUCAUGUUUUGGAGAACAAAAAUGAACAGAUGAAAAAGUUUUCAGAUGCUAAUCCUUCAAUCGACGUGUCUAAGAAUUUAAUAUUUAUUGACUGCCAGAGAUCGAACAAAGUUGCAUAAGAUUGAUGAGAGGGAGAUCUUUAUGCUUCUAUCACCACAUGAAGGACGGGAUACAUAGAUGCCCGAAUGUAUAGUCACAAAGUAGAACCAAGUUGUAGGUUUUGGAAGCUACUUCCUAUGGUGACAUCUGUGCUGGAGUCAAAAGAGCUUACGAAAAACAUUUGGGGAAACAAGAAGAUUUGGAUUGAACUUCGAUGUUGUUUGAUCGAGGGAGAAUGCUUGUGCAGCAUGUAUCACAAGCAUCCAGAAAAUAUAAGUUUAGAAAGUUGGUUCCUGCAUUGGUCAUGCCAUAGAGCUUACCAGUUGGAAGCUGCAAAAGCAACAGAGUUAUCUUCAUUGUUAAAGAGGUUUUGGCACUUUCUAUUCCUACAUUGUUGCGGAUAUGUGACCUUCCAAGUUUGCUCUUAAGAAGAUAUUUGUAAGAUCAGUGCAGAUUUCCACUAGAGGAGACUCUCGGCGUGACAUUCUUCCAGGCGUUCGUAUCCCGCAAGAAGCAAGAACACAGAGAAGGGUUCAAGUAUAUUUAUGCCUCCCUGGCAUUGUCUCACAUUCAGCUGAUCAGAAGCUCCGAAGAGUAUGGCCAAGAACUAGUAAUGUCGUGGAUCAAAUCGCUUGGACUCAAAGUACAUUCCAACCCGUCUUUCAGUGCUAGCCUGCAACACUUGUUUAGCACUCUAUUGUUGUCAGCUACCGUUAUUUGAGAACGAGCAAGGAACACGGGCUUCAUUGCCCCGAAAAGAAAAGCAAAGGCAGAAAUAUACAUAACCAGACUUUCAUGCUACCCAUUAUCAAAUUUGAAGUCUCCCACUUGUUGUGCAGCCUUAGAUAGGAGGGUGGAGGACGUUUGGACAUUGUAUAUGUAUACAUACUGUCAUUCAUAUCAUUAAUUGGUAUUUAAAAGUGAA